AUGAUCACCAAAAUCCUGAACGGAUGGCGCAUCUCCUUCUUCUUCAACCUGAUGACCUUCAUCGUGCAGCAGCUGGGGCUGUACUACAUUCUCUUCGAGUACAACAAGCUCAUCCUCCUCCUCUGCACCUUCGAUAUAUAUAUUUUCAUCCACUUUUGCUUCAAUAACUCCCAAUCCUUUGCUGCCGUCAAGGGAGGCAACUGUUGGAUCCUUUACGUCUACUCCAUCUCGUUCAAAGUUAUUUUUAUGUACUUUUUUGCCUUCAACGAAAAUGCCUAUUCAGAAGAAACAAACACAGAUUAUUAUAACAAGUGCGUUAUCUUUGCUCUCCUCAGUUUGAGUACGCUCAUAUACACGGCUCUGUCUGUGAAGUCGUACAAGCAACUCUACCCAGAUGAAAUGACCAUAACGAAUGAACAUAUUUUCCACAACAAUUUAAUCCUCCACGUCGUCAUAGACCUAUUUGACAUUUUCGAGCUGCUCUUCACUCUGGUCAAGCUCUCAUACAUUGUUAAGAACACCAAUUUUUGGAUCAAAAUAAUUGGAGGAGUUUUAAUUUCCUUCUCCCUCUACUUAAAUGCCUAUUCUUUUCCGAUUAUUUCCCUUGUGACAGAAAAAAGCAGAAAAAAUUUGGACCUUGGGGAUAUUUACUUUUGCAAAAAGCAUGCUGCUGUUGUUGGCAUUAUCCUGGUGGACAUUCCCUUUAUGAUUUUACGAUUCUACUUCUUAGCCUCCUACGUUUCGAAUGUACAUUUCCAACCCCUUUUAAUUAAGAACGUGUGUUUCAUCCCGAUAAAGUGCCUUACUAUAAAGCAUUGCAAUUUGAUCUUCGAGAGGUUACGUCGAAAUAUAGACCACACGGAUAAUGGCGGUCGAGUGGAAAACACCCUGGCGAUUACAAAACACACCAACAGUAAUAACAACACCACCAAGCCGGAUGAUGGCACCCUCAUUCCUUAUGGCUCCCUUGCUGGGAGUAUGCCCAACGUGGUGAAUCGCCCCUCUGGUGGGGUUCUGAAGAAACGGUCCAUCGUGUCUUUGAGCACCGUGGGGUUCAACAACUCCUUGGACAUCAAGUCGGUGCAGUCGUUGAGGAACGAGGCGGAAACACAAGCGGGGUAUGGUCACGCUUCCAGGAAUAGGAAAAUCACAACCGUCCUUGAUGCCAAGCAGGACGGUGAACAGGUUAACGGGAGUGGUCAUACCCUUAAUUACCCCAACCUCUGCGAAUAUUUUGAGAAUUUGGUGGAAAAUCAAGUGGCUACAUUUCGAAAGCUAAAUGUGAAGAAGAAUAAAAUAGGAAAAAAGUUUACCAUGAACAAACUAAUGUACACCAAUGUAUCGAACAACGAAAGAUACCAUUGCUACUUAGACGACAGUCUGAAGGUUUCGUACCUGAACCAGAUUCGCCUGAUCAUUCCUUAUGUUACGUACUGCCUUGGUAAAAUAGCCAUGUCAAUAGUAAUUUACUUUUUCUACACACAGAUAGAUAUUCAUGGCUUGAAAAUAAUUCUUACACAGUCAGAUAUGUAUUACAAACUGUUCGAACACAACCAUAUCAUGUUUACCGUAUCCUUUUUAAUAAUCCUUGGCAACUCAGUUAUAUCAUUUUUGUCUUCUGUCUUUCUCUCCAGCAUAUUGGAGGUUUUAUUUUUUACUCUUUUUAUUUUUGUAAAAUGCACCUCGGAUUUUCUCUUCCUCCUCCUACUUGUCUACAACAACAUUUUUGAAAUUUUCCUGAGGAACCUUAACAAGUCAGAGAAAUACGCUCCAUAUUUUUACCUCCUCUUUGCAGUCAUUCCUUCCUUCAAGAUCAUUAGGAACAUAUACGUAUUUUUGUGUUCCUUGUCUGGCCGUCAAUUCAUCGGAUACAUCAUUCGCCCCUUCAUGAACGAGACAAGCAAGAGUAAGUUGCCCCCCUUUUUAAACAUAAACGGGGGUAACACAGCGAUUACCGGUAUAGGCACAGAAGCAAUGAGCGGGUUGAGUAAUACUUUGGAUAGAGAAGUAACCAACGGAGUGGGGUCUUCUCCCCCUAGUAGAGCUCUCCACACGGAUGAACUUAACCUGUUCGAUAAGGAAGAGUCUAGUCAAAAGAACAACUUCAAAGGAGACUACAAGGGAUUCAUAUCUAUUGCAUCUCUCCUUAUCUACAUCAACACAAAGCACAUGCAUGGACUAUCCUCACUCUCAACACUAAUGAUAGGAAAUAAUUUCAUCAAGAAUCUCAGGCUGAAUUAUAAUUUAAAAAACAACCAUUUGCUACUCAUCGUUUUAACUCUUGUAACCCGCUUCCUUUUGCUACUCUUCAUCUGCAUGCACCACAGAUCGAAAAUAUGGACAGAUGAGUGUGUCCGUAUGUUUUACUGUGGAGUUACUUUUAUCUUUAUGCUUGACUUAAUUUUUAAAGUUAGCUACCUCAUUGUUUCUCACAAUAUUCGGAUGUGCGCUUCGUACAAUUUGCACCUCAAGUCCAUGUACGAAGACGUGUACUACAACGCAAAGGCUAGAGACGAUCUGCAGAAGAACCAUCUCAAAGACUUGCAUAGCAAGUACCAGAUGAACCACUUCUACGUGCGCACUGUGCCGCUCUUUUCGGAGAUCUUCUAG